CCCACAAAUCCUCUUCUUCUCCUCUUGUUUUGUCCCAUAUAAAAGGCGCCAUUUGCACUCCCCAUCCCCAUCGUUUAAAAACCCCUAAACCCUCAAAUCUCUCUUCACUCAAAGCUCCUUUUACAUUGUCAUGCGAAAAUGAUUUCUCGUGGCUACGCAACGGAUACUCAGUCGAAAUCCUCCGAUAUCGCCGCCACCAUACUCGCCGCCUCGUCGCCGCUGCAGAUCCUCGCUGCGUGCGAUGCCGUUGAGUCGUUUCUACACAAGCUUACAGCUGACCAGACCCGAUGGUUCUUCUCCAUCACUUUCCCAACCCUAAUAUGUAAAAUUUUCGGGUUCGAUGAAUCGUCUUCUGCUUCAGCUGCUGUCAAGUCUAUGUCUCCUUCUGGAUGGAUAGAUAUCGCCACUUUAUCCAAUGAUACUCAGCUCGCAGGCAGAAUUUUCAGCUUAUUAUCGCCCACUGGUGUGUUGCUAUCUUCUAUUGUGGCUGCGGAUGGGCUGUCUCUGGUUAAAUAUGUAUUUCCUGUAGAAAGGUUACCCGAAUGGGUUCGUCAUAUGCUUCAAAAUGAAAGGGAUUCUUUGGUUUUGUCUGACUUAUGCCCGUUAUUCAAGAAUAGGUUGAAGGAGGACUCAGUUAAGGGUUCUUCAUUUCAGGUUCAGUUGAAUGUGUUUGAAUAUUACAUGUUCUGGUUUGUCUAUUACCCUGUUUGUCGAGGUAACAGUGAGGGCCCUCAAACUGUAAGUGUUAGAAGAAGCAGAAGGUUUAGAUUGGAGAAUUGGGCUUAUUCGAUUCCAGGUUUAUCAAGUACCAAACGUGGGAUGGAGCAGAAGAAUGAGGGCGAUUUGUAUAUGCGUCUCUUGUAUGCAUAUCUCCGUGCAUAUGUGCCUGUAGCUGAUAUGAAGGCACAUCAACCAUAUAGGAGCUCACUGCUUCACUACUCUUUUUCCUAUGAGACUCCAAUUGUUGAAAAAGCAGAGUUCAUGGUUAACACUCUCAUAUAUUUUUGGUUAGUUGAUAAUGAUUUCUCACCAUUGCCUGUAAACUUGUGCAAAUCAUUUGGCGUGACAUUCCCUUUCCGGUCAGUACUGGGUGAGAUUCCUCCUACUUCAGGAUUAGGUGAAGUAGUAAAUGUGUGUGUCAAAUAUCUGAAUCUAAGUUCGAUUGCAUCAAGUGAUAAAACUGACCAGGUUGACUACACUGAAAGUCCUAAGUGGAAAGUUGGGGGGACAUUCGGUGCUUCUCAGUCAAGAAAUGCUGUUCCCGUCAUGGAUUCUGGUAAUUCUUGGAACUCGUGGAUUCAGAGGCCAUUGUACAGAUUUAUAUUGAGGACAUUCCUGUAUUGUCCAAUGGAAAGUUCUAUUAAGAAUGCAUCUCAGGUGUUCACCUUGUGGGUUAGUUACCUGGAGCCCUGGUCUAUUUCUAUGGAAGAAUUUGUAGAACUUGAUGCGGAUCUGGGGAAGUCUAAUAGAGGUACAUUAAAGGAGGUUACCCCAUCAACGCCACAAGGUUAUACCUCUUCUUGGCAAGUUUUUGUAUUAGCUAACUACUUAUACUACAGCGCUUUGGUCAUGCAUUUUAUUGGUUUUGCCCACAAGUUUCUUCACACAGAUCCAGAAGUGAUAGUCAAGAUGGUUUCAAAGGUGAUAACAAUACUAACAUCAUCUGCAGAACUGAUGGACCUCAUAAAAAAUGUGGAUAUUGUAUUCCAUUCGAAACCAGCUGGAUCAUCUAAAUCAAUGCUCAAUGCUUUGCAUAGAUAUGUUCCUGCUAUUCGUGAGCAAUUACAGGACUGGGAGGAUGGCCUAUCUGAGACUGAUGCUGAUGGUUCUUUUUUGCACGAGAACUGGAACAAAGAUUUACGACUCUUCAGUGAUGGUGAAGAUGGUGGACAAAAGUUGCUUCAGCUGUUUGUAUUGCGAGCAGAAUCUGAACUGCAAUCAAUUGGCGGAGAAAAUCUUUCUCCAAACCUCCAGCGUUUGGAUAGAAUGAAAUCGGAGCUGUGCCAGUUGUUUGGUGGCCCUAUUAUGAAGUCCAUGACUACUCCAGAGACUGUACAAUUUGAGUACCUGCGGGAUGAAAUCUUUAAACCCAGGAGUUUUACAAAUAGAGCAAUGAUCGAUAUUAAAUACAAGGGUGAUUGGAUGAAGCGGCCCAUCUCAGAUGAUGAAAUUGGGUGGCUGGCAAAGGUGCUUGUUAAGCUAUCAGGCUGGUUGAACGAGAGUCUUGGGUUGAACCAAGUCGAGAGCAGCCAAGAGAGUCCUGUUUGGUCAUAUGUUGAUGUGUCCAGUGAUGCAAGGAGUGUCUGUGGACCCAUGGAAAUGAUCAAAGUUGUGUUGUGCUCUUUCAUUUCCUGGCUUCUUAUGUUACGUGGAGCUGGUGUGCGGUUCAUGAGAGAGCAUGGCAUCAGGGUGAAUCUCAGGAUCUUAGCAUCAAAGAAGGUGGUAGUGGUGUUGCUUGUCAUUGCUGCUUUUAGUCUACUCAGGAGAGCUUUUCUCGGAGUUGGGUAAUGUUUACAUGGGAGAUCAAGCAAACAUAACAGAAUGAAGAACACAAAGAUAGGUCUAGGACUGAACCAAGAAAGAACAGAAAUACUCGGUGAGUGAGAGAGAGAGAGUAAAAAGAAAGGAAACAAAGAAAAAGCCUGCUUGCUUGCAAGGUUUCGUUUUGUUUUGUUUGUAAAUGGACUUAUAGAGUUUAUAUAGCAACUUGUUUGUUUGUAGGCCUUCAGUCCUUCCACUUGUUAUAGAUAUUGUUCUUGCUCCUCCUA